UAGCGGCGCUGAGGAGAGCGGCUGCCGCCAUGAUAGAACAGCAGAAGCGCAAAGGCCCUGAGUUGCCGCUGGUUCCUGUCAAGCGGCAGCGGCAUGAGUUGCUCUUGGGAGCGGCGGGGUCAGGCCCCGGAGCCGGCCAGCAGCAGGCGUCGCCGGGGGCUUUGCUGCAAGCGGGUCCCCCAAGGUGUUCGUCUCUUCAAGCCCCAAUCAUGUUGCUCUCAGGACAUGAAGGAGAAGUAUACUGCUGCAAGUUUCACCCCAACGGAUCCACCUUAGCAUCUGCAGGAUUUGACCGCCUCAUCUUGUUGUGGAAUGUCUAUGGUGACUGUGAUAACUAUGCCACAUUGAAGGGACACAGUGGAGCAGUGAUGGAACUGCAUUAUAACACAGAUGGCAGUAUGCUGUUCUCAGCAUCAACAGAUAAAACUGUGGCGGUGUGGGAUAGUGAAACAGGCGAGAGGGUUAAAAGGCUGAAAGGACAUACUUCCUUUGUGAAUUCCUGCUACCCAGCCAGGAGGGGCCCCCAGCUGGUCUGCACUGGCAGUGAUGAUGGUACAGUUAAGCUUUGGGACAUCCGGAAGAAAGCUGCCAUCCAGACAUUUCAGAAUACAUACCAGGUGUUAGCUGUGACCUUCAAUGACACAAGUGACCAGAUUAUCUCUGGAGGAAUAGACAACGAUAUCAAGGUUUGGGACCUGCGCCAAAACAAGCUAACCUACACCAUGAGAGGUCAUGCAGAUUCAGUGACUGGCCUGAGUUUAAGUUCUGAAGGAUCUUACCUCUUGUCCAAUGCAAUGGACAAUACAGUUCGUGUCUGGGAUGUUCGGCCAUUUGCCCCUAAAGAGAGAUGUGUAAAGAUAUUUCAAGGAAAUGUGCAUAACUUUGAGAAGAAUCUCUUGAGAUGUUCAUGGUCACCUGAUGGAAGCAAAAUAGCAGCUGGCUCAGCUGACAGGUUCGUGUAUGUGUGGGAUACCACGAGCAGGAGGAUCCUAUAUAAGCUGCCUGGCCAUGCUGGCUCCAUCAAUGAAGUGGCUUUCCACCCUGAUGAGCCCAUCAUUCUCUCAGCAUCCAGUGACAAGAGACUGUACAUGGGGGAGAUUCAAUGAAGAUGUGGAAUGGAGAACUCCAAGGCUGCUUGACCUGAGGCUGCAGACUACAUAAUUAGCUGACGUCAGAGGGUGCCCAGGCUGACCUCCCUUCAGAUGGCCUUUACUAACAAGAAACCAGUGGUGGUGACCAUAUUCCAACUUGUUCCCCAUUCACCCGGGUGACUGAGGCUAGCUCCCCGUGCCUUUAACACCACAGGCCAGAUUGGUUUCUUCCUUUUUUGAAAAAUAAGGUUUCUUCAGAGGGACAGACCUAGGUUGGUUUACAGUUUUCUGUUUUCUAAUAUAGGCCUAAGUCACCAAAUAUCAACUGAAAUUUGUUGGUUGGGUUUGUUUUUCAUUUGUUUUAUUUUUAAAUCCGUAACUAGCUUGUAUCUUUCUCUGAGUCAUUUUGUAUUAAAAGCCAAAUGCUUUUUUA